AUGGCGCUGCAGCGGGUCCUGCUACUGCUGCGGCUCCUGCUAUGCUGCUAUGGGGACGAGGAGGUCCUCCUGAACACUAAGCUGGUGACCUCUGACCUGCAGUGGUCAGUGUACCCCGGCUCUGACCCCCAGUGGGACGAGGUCAGCGUUCUGGACGAUGAACACAACACGGUGCGCACCUUCGAGAUCUGCACUCCCAACAGCGCCACCUACCACUGGCUGCGCACCAACUGGGUCCCACGCAAGACGGGGACCACCCUCUACGUGGAGAUCAGGUUCACCAUGAUGGAGUGCUCGUCUCUGAAUCAGCGUCAGUGCAAAGAGACCUUCACCGUCUUCUCGUAUGAGUCGGACUUGGCCACGCCCUCUCGCGGCCCCCUUGGCCCCUCCCCACCGGAGUCCUUCCAGAAGGUUGCCACGGUAGCGGCAGACUUCCUGUUGCGGCGUGGCGGGGAUGGUGCGCGGCGUUCCAACACGCGGCUGCUGCGAUUGGAUGGCGUGAAGAAGGCGGGGCUUUAUCUGGCCAUUCAGAGCCAAGGAACAUGCAUGGCCCUGCUGUCACUCAAAGUGUUCUACAGGAAGUGCCCGCCCCUAACCGUCGCCUUUGCCACGUUCCCUGAGACCGUCCCCCACUCGCUGGUGCAGCAGGCUGUGGGUGUCUGUGUGGAGAAUGCGGUCACACCCCCAGGAGAACACACUACACUUCCCAGCAUGCUGUGCGGGGAGGAUGGCCAGUGGGCGGGGCUCCCCUCCUCCUCCUGCUCCUGUCGCCCUGGAUACGAGGCUGACGGCGACGCCCGCUGCAGAGCGUGUCCCGCAGGUCACUUUAAACCUUCCUCUGGUUUGGGGACGUGUACUUCCUGUCCAGACUUCAGUGGGACCCAGGUGCCGGGCUCCGCCUACUGCCUUUGUCGCCAUGGAUACUUACGCGCCGACUCAGACUCGCCUAGCGCUGCCUGUUCGAAGCCUCCCUCGGCCCCUCGCUCGCCUGUGGCACAGCUGAACUCGUCCCUCUCCCUCUCUCUGGAGUGGGGUCCUCCUCUGGACUUCGGGGGGCGCUCUGACGUGUGGUACCGUGUGCUCUGUGAGCGUUGCCAUGAUGACGUGUGCUCGCCGUGUGAGGGCAGCGUUCUGAUUGGUCCGUCGACAACCGUCACUCAGACACGCGUCAUGGUGAUGGGACUCCGCCCACGAGCGCUCUACGUCUUCACCGUCCAAUCAUUGAAUGGCGUGUCCGCUCUCAGCCAAUCACAGCCCUCCGCCGUGCGAGUGAACGUCACCACCAACACCAAUGUCCCAGGUCUUGUGUCUGGACUUAGAAGGACUUCUGCCUCUGAGACCUCACUGACUCUGGAGUGGGCCCCCCCUAGUCUGAUUCAGAACCCAGACCAGACCAAGACCGCCUCACGAGUCCUGGAUUAUCAGCUGCGCUACUGCCCUAAGCAGGGCGAGGGCUCCAUGCAGUGGCAGUACGUGUCCUCCAGGGGGCACUCUGUGGUGCUGCUGGGUCUCAGGAGGUCCACUCAGUACCUGGUCCAAGUCCGGGCUCGAGCCGUGACCGGGUUUGGACCAUUCUGCGCUGAGACCAGUGUCAGCACUCUGCCUGAAGGUCAGUCUCACCUGGUGCUGAUUGCAGUGCUGGUUACUAUGGCAAUCCUUCUGCUUGUGGGCGGGGCUAUGGUGGCGGCGCUGUGCUACAGGAGGAGGACACAACGGCGGCCGACGCGGGACAAGAGCAGUUUCCAGAUGAACCAGAACAUGACUCUGUACAUCGACCCGUUCACUUACGAGGAUCCUGAGCUCGCCGUCCGACAGUUCACUCGAGAGAUUGACGCCUCCUGUGUGAAGAUCGAGGAGGUCAUUGGAGCAGGAGAGUUUGGUGAAGUGUGCCGCGGUCGCCUCCACGUUCCCGGCCGUCCUCAGAACUACGUUGCCAUCAAGACGCUGAAGGGCGGCUACACGGACAAGCAGAGGCGGGACUUCCUGUCAGAGGCGUCAAUCAUGGGCCAGUUCCAACAUCCCAACAUCAUCCACCUGGAAGGGGUCAUCACCUCCUCCUGUCCCGCCAUGAUCCUCACAGAGUACAUGGAGAACGGGGCCUUGGACAGCUUCUUGAGGGUGAAUGACGGUCAGUUUACUGGGAUCCAGCUCGUGGGGAUGCUCCGUGGAAUCGCAGCUGGGAUGAAGUAUUUGUCUGACAUGAGUUAUGUUCACCGAGACCUGGCAGCCCGGAACAUCCUGGUGAACGCCAACCUGGUCUGCAAGGUCUCGGACUUUGGUCUCAGUCGUUUCCUCACAGAGAACUCUUCAGACCCCACGUACACCAGCUCGUUAGGAGGAAAGAUCCCGAUCCGCUGGACCGCCCCUGAAGCCAUCGCAUACAGGAAGUUCACCUCGGCCAGUGAUGCCUGGAGCUACGGCAUCGUCAUGUGGGAAGUUAUGUCAUACGGGGAACGCCCAUAUUGGGACAUGAGCAACCAGGACGUCAUCAAUGCCAUUGAACAGGACUACCGCUUGCCCCCGCCCACUGACUGUCCCGCUGCUCUCCAUUGGCUGAUGCUCGACUGCUGGCAGAAGGAACGAGCCAAUCGGCCACGUUUCUGUGACGUGGUGUCUGGGCUGGAUAGGCUGAUCCGAAACCCCGCCUCCUUGAAGAACACAGACUCCGCCCACUCGUCGCAGCCGCUCUUGGACCAGCGGCCAAUUGCACGCCUCUCCUCCUGCUCCUCAGUCUCUGAUUGGCUCAGGGCCAUAAAGAUGGAGCGGUACGAACAGAGCUUCUUUCAGAACGGCCUGUGUACACUGGAGGAGGUGUCCGUCCUCACAACUGAAGAUCUCCUUCGGGCCGGAGUGACUCUCGCUGGACACCAGAAGAAGAUCCUCUCCUCCAUCCAGACGCUGCGCUCCUCCGACCAAUCACACGCUCCCACACUGCUCUACUGA